AUGUUUAUUAUCUGUGUGUUUGGUGUUGAAACAUAUAUAUUAUCAGUGUCCGUGAAGGAGGAAGAUUCAAUCACUCUAAAAACUGGUUUUGAAACAAACCAGCAAGAAGAGAUUAGAUGGUAUUUUAAAGACCUUCACAUUGCUCUAAUCAGUGGAGAUCUCAGUCAUAUCUGUACAGAUGUUCAGUGUAAUAAAGGAACUGAGAGAUUCAGAGACAGACUGAAGCUGGAUCAUCAGACUGGAUCUCUGACCAUCACAAACAUCACAACCACAGACUCUGGACUUUAUAAACUACAGAUCAUCCGCAUAAGAAAAAGCAGUGAAAAGACCUUUAAUGUUACUGUUCAUGAUAUUCCUGCUAAUGAACGAGAGCAAAUGCAGAGAAAGUCAGUGAAGGAGGGAGAAUCUGUCACUUUAGAUUCUGAUGCAGUUAAAAACCCAGAAGAUUUGAUGACGUGGUAUUUUAAUCACACUCUCAUCGCUCAAAUCACUGGAGAUCAGAGUAAGAUCUGUAGAGAUGAUCAGUGUGAUGAGAGAUUCAGAGACAGACUGAAGCUGGAUCAUCAGACUGGAUCUCUGACCAUCACAAACAUCAGAACCACAGACUCUGGACUUUAUAAACUACAGAUCAACAGCAGCAGAUUCAGCAUCAUGAGGAGCUUCAGUGUUUCUGUCAUUGUUCCAGAUUCAAGUUUGUCAUCAGCUGCUGUAGCAGGAAUAUGUGUUGCUGCUGUUAGUGUCCUGCUGCUGCUGGUGACUUUAUCUGUGAUUUGUUACCGUGGUCAAGUAAGAAGGAAAGACACCAGGAUGCAGCACAGAGAUCAGGUGAAUGGUGUUGAUUUGUCACCUAAUCCGAGUGAGACUCCACUGAUGAAUGAUGCUGGUGAGAGAUCCUGUAAUCAGACUGGUGCUCAAGUGACGAACACUACCAGUGACUCUUCCCCGAAUCAGAUUGAGAUCGAGUCUGAGGCUGCCAGUGAGAUCUAACAUUAUGAUGCUUUCACUGAAAUGGAAAGUGAAGAGAGGAUGGGAACUAGAGAGAUUUUAUCAUUUCUAAUCUUCUUUUGAUCGUAAGAGA